AUUGGAUCAAAAUCCGGAUCCGACCCGUGCCCGUUUCUUUACUAACUCUUCUUCCUCCCGUCACGUCGGUUCGAUCUUAGUUCUCGAGCUUUCCCGAAUCGUCUCGGUCCGGUACCGACGUUAGGGUUUGGAGAUCGAUUCGACGCCCAUGGAUCCGCCAGGGAAGCGGAGACUCACAGAGGAAGACGACGACUUGGAGGCGGAGGCGAUCAAGAGGCAGCGGAUAUCUGAUGGGGAAGAGGACGAAGAGGGCGGAGGCGAGGAAGAGACCGACGCUGCUGCUCUCCCCGGCCUCGCUGUCUACAAGGACGACGAUGACGAGGAGGAGGAGGGGGCGGGCCGUAGAGAUCAGUUGAUGGGACAAGAGAACGGUCGUGGGGAAACUAUUGAAAAUGGCGGUGGUCAAGUUAGAGUGAGGGCUGGGGAUGAGGAAGUGAUGGAGGCGUUGCAUCAGAAGGAUGCUUCUCGCCCUCCAGCUCCGGUGAGGCAGCAGCGACAGGUGGAGCGCCGGAGGGACUGCCCAUAUCUUGAUACCGUGAACCGUCAGGUCUUGGAUUUUGAUUUUGAGAAGUUCUGUUCCAUCUCUCUCUCAAACUUAAAUGUUUAUGCGUGCUUGGUUUGUGGAAAGUACUACCAAGGAAGAGGUCUGAAUUCUCAUGCACAUACACAUAGCCUUGAAGCAGGUCACCAUGUAUAUAUUAAUCUUCAAACGGAGAAAGUUUAUUGCCUUCCUGAUGGAUAUGAGAUAGAUGAUCCAUCAUUAGAUGAUAUUCGGCAUGUUCUAAAUCCUAGGUUUUCAAGAGAACAAGUUCUGCACCUUGAUGAAAACAGGCAAUGGUCGAGAGCACUGGAUGGGUCCAACUAUCUACCUGGAAUGGUGGGUCUCAACAAUAUUAAGGAGACUGAUUUUGUAAAUGUCACAAUUCAGUCUUUAAUGAGAGUGACUCCUCUGAGGAACUUUUUCCUGAUCCCUGAAAAUUAUCAGCACAGUAAAUCUCCACUUGUUCAUCGGUUUGGAGAACUUACACGAAAAAUUUGGCAUGCAAGGAACUUUAAGGGACAGGUCAGCCCCCAUGAGUUUCUACAGGCUGUUAUGAAAGCUAGUAACAAGCGGUUCCAAAUUGGUGUUCAGUCAGAUCCUGUUGAAUUUAUAUCCUGGCUGUUAAACACAUUGCAUGCACAACUUAGACAUUCAAAGAAAAAGGAUCGAAGCAUAAUUUAUGACUGCUUUCAGGGUGAAUUGGAGGUUGUGAAAGAGAUCCAGAAGAAACAUCUUAUCGAGAAGAAUGAUAAUGAUGAUGAGGAGAACAAGGUAAUUGUUGCAGAGCGUGGGUCAUCAAAUGACAGUGUUGUGAGGGAAACAUCUAAAGUGCCAUUUCUAAUGCUUGGUCUUGACUUGCCACCACCUCCCCUUUUUAAGGAUGCAAUGGAGAAAAACAUUAUACCUCAGGUUCCCCUCUUCAACAUAUUGAAGAAGUUUGAUGGUGAGACCGUAACAGAGGUUGUGCGGCCUUGCAUAGCAAGGAUGAGAUAUCGUGUCACCAGACUGCCAAAGUAUCUUAUUCUUCACAUGCGUCGAUUUACAAAAAACAACUUCUUCAUAGAAAAGAACCCUACUCUUGUGAACUUUCCUGUGAAGAAUCUUGAAUUGAAGGAUUAUAUUCCAUUACCACCACCAAAGGUCAAGAAGAAGUUAAGGUCAAAAUACGAUCUUAUUGCAAAUAUAGUUCAUGAUGGCAAGCCAGGAGAAGGAUGUUACAGAGUUUUUGUGCAGCGUAAAUCGGAAGAACUCUGGUUUGAGAUGCAGGACCUCCAUGUCAACGAAACUCUUCCUCAAAUGGUUGCUCUAUCUGAGGCUUACAUGCAAAUAUAUGAGCAGCAAGAGUGACUACAGAGUCAAUUUUUUGUUUGGUCUUGAGAUAGGCUGGAAAGUUAGCACGAGAAGCUCCUAAACUCUCGCAUUAUGAAUGACAUGAUCGACUGGCCUAUCUGUUUAUUCAGCAGAAGCUUUGUACCCAUUUGUGGCUGGCACUCGGGCCAAGAAGAAUGUGCUGAUCAUGUUCUAGUGGACCUUUUUGCCUGGUUCAACUCAUGCUUCUGGCGGCUGAGAGCAAACUGCUGCAUGGUGAUAGCUGUUCUUAAGAGGAUGAUCGAUAUUUUAGAACUUUUUUGUGUUUAUUGUCCGCCAAAAUGGUAAAUGAAAACUAUAUUUCGAUGAUGCAGGCAAAAUUGUUUCAAAAGAGUAAUCAGCAGCCUCAUUAGAAUGGAAGCAAAAAGAAUUCAUAGUCUGUAAAAGUGGUGAAUGAGAGAGCCUUGCUAAAGCCCAGACGUUGUAUGUCUCAA